UGCCCAUUCGUCUUCGCCUUUCGACCUCACUCCUCAUCUACCACUCGACCGGGAGUCAGACCAACCCAAUUGUUCCACUAUCCUGUCUCUGUCGGCUUCAGACUUGUCACCUGCCAUAAUGUCGACCCGACGUACGAGCUUCCAGAUGCCUACCAGCCGAUCGAGCCCGGGUGGCAGUCUACCUCCACCGCCCGCUUCCUCCUCGGGAAGCGCCGGGGUCGUGACGAGGAGGAUGCCGUUGUACAGUCAUACGGAGAGGGACGAUCUUGAUGAUCUAGACGAAGAGGAAGAGGAGGAAGAUGACGAUUUCGGAGGCCCGAGGUCGAGAUCGACAAACAACAAUACCACCUCGACUAACGCACCCCGAUCCCGUAAUUCCCGUUCUUCGAGCCUCGACCUCCCUCCUCCAUCAACGUCGACCGCCAACACUCGCAAUCGCAAACCUAGCACCGCAAUAAAACCCCAUCCCAACUCGAAAACCAACCCCAAAACCCUCUCUGGCCGCCCGUGGAUGUUCGGCGCCAACCCGGGGAUGCGUGGGGGUGGGUUGUAUGGAACAGACAAAGAGUACGAGGGUUACGAAUACGAGUACGAUGGACCGGACCCGGACGCGAAUUUCUUCAAGAUCGAUACGAUGCGGAUGGAUGGGAGCGAUUCAGAGGAAGACGAGGAGGGUGCCGUCAUCGUUGGUGGUGGAAAUGGGAAUGGAGCGGGACAAGUCGGCGUUGCCGGAUCGGUUUCUGGAUCGGGGAUGACGAGGCGGGGCAGUGGGAGGAAGAGGUCGAUACAGGAGGUCACGGAGCCAGCACCGGGCAAGACGUAUGAGACAGUCGGGGAUGGGGCUACACCGGCGACCAUGACCGAGAUGGCAAACGCCAGCAACGGAGCUGAAGCAGGCGAUUCCACUGGUGCUGGUACGGCCACGGGUGACAAUACGGUCGGUGGUCCAGCCGUGCCUGUGAUGAGCCCUGCGGACCCCGUCACCGAGUACAGCUCGAAAGUGGCCAGUCACGUCAAACGACAGAUCUCUGACGAGGUUAUUCCCAUGCUCGCCACCCCCAACUCGGACGAAGGGAGGGAACGUCUGGAAUGGCAGACCAUGCUCGUCUCGGUGCUCGAGGGUGAGAUCUUGAAGGGCGAGAAAUCCCGGAUCGGAGGAGAGAGGUCGACGAGCGAGACGUACAAGAAGGAGUUGGGUACGGCGUUUUGGUGGGAGAUUCGAGCCAAGUUGAGAGGGAGGAGCGACAUGGAGGAGAAGCGGAGGGUCAAGGAGAGAAAGGAUCGCAUGGUGGACGCCAUCCUGGAAGAGAUUGAUCGGUUCAAGGUCUCGAUCCCUGACGACGCCCUGCGCAAAGAGGGUAACGCUCUGGCUCAAGAGGUCGAGACGGCGGUUACUUCGGGGGUCAAUGGCGAGGCGACAAUCCAGUCUGAAGCCCAUGCGGCAGAGGUGGCCAUGACCGCCGAUCAACACGCCAUGCUACAGGUGCUCAACAUCCUCAACAAGCUCAGCCUGGCCGAAUCGCUUUAUCCGAAUAGGAUGGCCAUGAUGUUGGAAAAACCGUUGUACAAGGCCGAGACGUUUCAGGCCAGGGUGGACGCCAUGUCUUCCUGGGCGACCAACGUCAGGCUGGUCCAGGCCAUCGUCGGUCGAUUGAGGCAGUGGACCGGGAGCGAAGAGCUCGACGUGACCAAGCCGAACACAAAUCACGAGAAACCGCUCGUCACCCACGGAGGGAGACAUUACCCUGGGGACGCCAAGGCGAGGAUCGACGCCGCUGACGAUUCGACGUUCAUAGAACGGACCCUGAAAGAGGUCUCGAUCGAAAAGCUGUUCGAGAAGAAGACGUUGACGGACCUCUACUCGAUCGUUAAAAACAUCAAGCUUUCAAUCAUUGCGCAUCACGCCAUGCUCAACGAGGUCGGCCUGGUCGAUAUUUCGCACUCGACCUUUCACCCGCAGGUCAUCCUCCUCAUUUCGUUUCCCUGUCGACUCGUCGUCGCUGCCUUGCGUGUCAGGCUGAACGCCGCUGCCAAGCUUGUCGAUCCCUCGCUCAUCGUCAUCAACGACAUGUUGCACAACAUGAGAAUGACCCUCGGUGCCGCUUGUCGCGUCAAGUACGAGUACACGAGGACGUUCGAGUCGGAUCCGGAAAAGGCUUGGCAGAUCCCUCAUUGCAUCGGGGAGGACUUUGACGAUGUGCUGUUGGAGUCGUUGAGGACAUUUUUCAGGAUCUUGCAGUGGAAGCUGAGAAGCGGAGGCAAGGCGAUCUAUUUCCGAGAGACCGAGGUGCUUGAUCACGAGUGGGAUUUCCUGUACAAGAUCGCCGACGACGUCGCAGGGGGUGACGUGUUGGUGGCAGAGCUUUUCUGUUCCUUGACCAACAAAUUGAUGGUCCGGGUCAUACACUACUUUGAGACUCAGGUCAAAGUACCUAUCAUCACGGAAGAGGAGGAACAGGCCGCUAAUAUCAAUACCAACAAGAUCGACGACGAAACUCACGGGUUGGAUCAAAGUCAGGGACCUCGAGUCAUGCGUCACCGCGAGAUUUUGCCGUGGUUCUCCAAGAUUUUGGAUGCUGUCAAGAUGAGGUAUCGAAAGUUGCAGACUUUUGCGAGGAAACUGACUGAACGGUUCAACAACUCGGCCGAGUACGAUCUUUGCGAUGUCGACCUAGAGCUUGUGCUUGAAGCUCUCGACGACACAGACCACUUUUUCGUCUAUACUGGCUCAUUCGAAGCGCAUGGGACCUAUCUCAUUGCCAGUCCAACGCUCCGAGACCAGCCCGAAAAGAUCAAAGAGCUGUUGUAUCGAGCUUUCCAACGCAAGCCCGGGGACGCCGAGGCCAAGGACAAGGAUGGUAACCCUAAGAAACCAGAGCCCAAGGGGAUGAUCAACUACUCGGCCGAAGAGCUCUUGUUGUCAAACGGCAAGAUUCCCGAGCGAGUCCCAGUCCCGAAACCCAAGCCCUCAAUAAACGAGAUUGCUGAAGAAGAUCUCGAUGGUCGUGGCAAUGAAGUUGAACAGGAAGAGUCGACACAGCAGCCGACGACCAACGUCCCGCAAGAGACACCGGAGCCGCCAGCCGUAUAUUUGUUGAUGUUUUCGCCUCGUCAACGUUUCGUCUGGCCAGGCACGGUCCUACAGCUCGAUCUGCCCUACGUCGACUUCCAAAUCCAGGACAACCGCAUUCGGCUCGUCGCUGAUGGUCCCCUCGGACGGCUGAACGCGGCCAAAGAGACCUUCCUCGACUCCUUCACGGAUGUGCCCACCGGCGAGACCUUUGUCCAGCUCGAGUGCCUCGUGCCGCAACAGGCGCAUUCACCGAGACUUCAGCGAGAACUGCGCAAGAUCGCUCGAUCGGAUCACAGCCUCACGGAGACCAUCGUUGAUUCAGUGUCACACGUGCAGUCGGCCUUGAAAGGGUUCCGUUCACCGAUGGCUCAAGAAUUGCUGCAAAACUGGUUUGCUUUUGCUACGGAACACGGUAGAAAGCUCGGCUUGAAUAUGGAAGUCACAGCUUGGUCUCGUUUCAGCCGGAGACUUAUGCGUCUCGCUGUGAACUGGGUCACGUUCAUCUGCGAUGUCUGCGACCCAUCCGACCGCAAGACUUUCCGUUGGACCGUCAACGCGCUCGAGUAUGCGAUGGCUAUGACGACCGGCACAAACGUAUUGCACCUAGACCAAAAUGAGUUCGCGUUGUUACGUGCCAAGGUCGGAACUUGCAUGCAAUUCUUGAUCGGUCACUUCGACAUUCUCGGAGCUCGAAGUGGUAUGGAAGCGAAGCGAGAAGCCGAGCGGAUUGAAGCCCUUCGACGGUUGCAACGAAUGCAAGAAAAUAUCGACGACGAGUACGGCGUCUCUGCCCAAUCCAGCUCGCCAACUCGGGCCAAUCCUAGCGAAAGGAUCAGUCAACUCACCGAAGAGGUCUAUGGAUCUGCUGCGAUCGACCGAAGUAUUCGUCUGGUUCGAGAUCAACGAAUGGAAUUCCUUAAAGCUCUAGAGGAAGCGAGGAUCGGUCGCAUCAACGACCAGCACCUGGUCGGACAGGUUCUAGACGAAGAGGUGUCCGAGGACCGGUCCCUGCUCUUCUUGGCGUCUUCGUCAUCCAACAUUGCGCUCAAAUGGCAGCAGGGGUCAUUCAUCGGUGGAGGUGCAAACGGAAACGUUUAUAUCGGGUUCAACCUCGACUCGGGUGGUAUCAUGGCCGUCAAGGAAAUCAAGGUUCAAGAUUUGAGUAAUAGUCCCGCGCUCUACAAACAGAUCAAGGACGAGUCCGACGUCAUGCAGAUGCUCUCACAUCCCAACAUCGUCGACUAUUAUGGUAUCGAAGUGCAUCGAGACCGUGUUUACAUCUUCGAGGAAUACUGCGAGGGUGGAAGUUUGGCGGAUCUGCUCGACCACGGUCGAAUCGAGGACGAGGACGUCAUCAUGGUCUACACGCUGCAGAUGUUGCACGGUCUCGAAUAUCUGCACUCGAAGGGUGUGGAGCAUCGAGACGUCAAGCCUGACAAUAUUCUGCUGGGGGCAAAUUCUGUUAUCAAAUUCGUCGAUUUCGGUGCCGCAAAAGUCAUCGUCAAGGGCAACAAGACUAUGGCAAAGACCCGUCGGAUGGCUGCAGGGGAUGGCGCAGCUAUGAGCGGUCUUGCAGGUACGCCCAUGUACAUGGCACCAGAGGUUAUCAAGAACGAGAAGAGCGGUAGAUUAGGAGCCAUGGACAUCUGGAGUAUGGGUUGCGUCAUUCUCGAAUUUGCAACAGGUCACAAGCCUUGGAGCAACCUGGACAACGAAUGGGCCAUUAUGUUCCACAUCGGUGUUUCGACCAAACAUCCGCCGCUUCCUGAACCUGGUCAACUGUCCGAGAUCGGGAUCGAUUUUAUCGAACUUUGUCUCACGCUCGAAGCGGCACGAAGACCGACCGCGGCGGAACUGCUACGACACCCUUGGCUAAUGCCGAUGCAAGAGCAAUUGACUGAGCACAACAGCGGGACGCAAAGCUCGUUUGGCAGCUCAUUCCAAUCUAGCAACAUGACGUCGAUGCGCUCGCAUGGCUUUACACCAGAGACUGGUAUGACUCCGGACACAGAGAUGACCGGCUUCACCACGGGUCUUGAGAAGCCAAGCAGAACAAACUCGGAAGAAGCGGCACACAUUCAAAAACUCGAGACAGCUCAGGGAUCCGCUAUCGAGUCUGCGGAGCAGAACGGUCAGGACCAACAAGAGCAACAGUACGAAGAGGGUCAAGAGCAGCAGUAUGCCGAAGGCCAGGAGCAGCAGGACGACGAUCAAUCAUAUCCCAGUCUGGAGCCUGCCGCCCUGGAGAUGGUGAUGGAAAGGGCAGAGCAGGACGACGAGCUCGCCGAGUCUUUGCGGUCCGCUCUGACCAUCAUCGAUGAUUGCAUGAACGACUAUGGGUCAGCCCGAGAUCCCGACCACUUGGCAACCAGUUGGCUGUACUGAUAAGAUACUCUACACAGGGAGGAGAAUAUUGCGCUGUCUUACAACGGUGGAAAGGACUGCAUCAUCCUUCUACACCUUAUCGCCGCUUGUCUGUACCGUCGACAUCAAGCUGCGCUCCCAGGAGAC